AUGGAAUGGAUAACUUACGUUUGCGCUAUUGCUUACGUCAUACAAUCUGGCCACCAAAAAAGCAGCUUUCAAAUAGCAUCUGGAGCCAUUGCAGUGUUUUUCAGCUGGAUCAAUUUUAUUUGGUUCAUGAAGAGCAUCUCCCUGUUUGGAAUCUACGUCAUCAUGGCAAAAAAAGUCUUUCUCUCCAUUUGUAAAGUAAGUUACAUAAAAUCAUAAAAGAAAAUAGUCGGUAACUUGGACGAAAACGGAAAAAAUAUUAACUACCAUGGCCAGCAGUACAUCCCCGCGGCAACUCCUCGCCCUUAUUUUCCAAACAUUGUUUCAACACGAAGUAUUCCGAAUCACGCCGACAAUGAACGCAGGACCGUGUUGCUCGCGUCAUGUUAGCCAUGGCAACACGAAUACAUGUGCAUUGUUUAUUUUGUACAAGCUGCAAAAAUUAAUAAAAGUUUUGCACUUUUAACUAUGGUACUAUCAAUUUCUAAAAUUUAUAUAGUACGUAUGUUAUCUUGCAUUCUAUGGGCUAUAUUUUAAUGUAAAAUUGAACACGAAAUGCUUCGAAAAAUUUUAAAAUGUUAAUUGAAGUUACCUGCUGUCUGCUUUCGCUGAAAUGGAAUAAAUUUAAAUCAUAGAUAAAUCAUUAAGCCAUAGUUCAUGGAAAUGGUUUACUCUCCUUGUUAUUAAAACUUAGAAAAAGUUAAUUGAUAAAAUAGAUAAGAAACUUUCAUAUACCGUGAUUGAAAAAGAAUAUUGUUUUGUGGUUCGCAAAACUUGUGCGCCGCCAUCUUGUUUUCUUUACUAGAAGGACAUGAGCUGAUGUCUUGCUAGUGAAGAGCCAAUCAGAUUGCAGAAUAAUUUAUAUUCAGCAGUUAUUUAACAGUUAUUCAGCGAACUCGAGUCGUAUAUGAGUUGAGAGCCGACGAGAUGCGUAGCACCGAGUUAGCUGGCAUUGCAACUGAUACGUGUUAGUUGGCAUUGCAACUGAUAUCAACAUACAAAUAUUUAAGCCUGAUUGUCUGAAAUGUUGUCAUAUUUUUAAUUCACUACAUUCUAUGUAAUACCAUAAAGUGGUAUUGAUCAAAUACCACCAACUAUACUGUACUUAAUAAGCAUGGCUUAACAGGCAUAUACAGUAAUACCCAGUAUUUAAUAAAUCACAGUGAAAAAAAUUGAACAUUGUGUGUCUCAUAGGAUCCAACUGCCAAGUAUGGUUGAAAAUGAAUAUUCCCAUAUAUACCAUUUAUCUAUUCUAUUUCAACUAGAAUGAUAUCAAAACAUCAAAAGUAUACUUGCUUAGCUUUUAUACAGCUAUCAAAUGACUAUCAAACUUUACUAAAAUACUACUAUAGUGUGGUCGCUAUGAUAUCAACAGCUCAAACUGCAAAGUUAUUCAUUGAACUGUUUUACAUACAACCAACAUAACUACUGAACCAACGACACGCGCAGAAUUGUAAGAGAAAUAUUUUAAUACACAAUCACGCUCUUAAAAAAGGUGUGCUAAAGCAACACACCUUUUAUGUCCAGAAAACAACACACCUUAAGUUGUGUUACAGUAGCACACCUUAAGGUGUGUUUUAUGCAUGCCAGAAAACAAAACACCUUUAGGUGUGUUUUGAGAAAAGGUGUGUUUGUUAGCACGCAUUGGUGUUGCUGUAACACGCCUAAAGAUGUGCUGCUGUAACACGCCUUAAGAUGUGCUGCAGUAACACACCUUAAGGCGUGCUGCAGUAACACACCUUAAAGGUGCUGUCAAGUCCGUAAUGUAAACAAACGCUUUGUUUGCGUUUCGCUCAGUUUAUAUAACACUGUUGUGGUUUAGUAUGCUCGUAAAUGAAUAUAAACCAGAGUUUCAAUUCAGAAAAAGUUCAUAAAAUACGAAAUUUGGGCAAUGUUUACAUCUGUGGGUCCCCUUUUGUUAUGAGCAGAACCGAUGCGCAGAACGGACUUGACAGCAUCUUUAAGGCGUGCUGCUGUAACCCACCUAACUAACCUUAGAAAUCAAUAAAGACAUUUUUAAGUCAAAAUAAUUUAUUAUCCCUCUAUAUAUAAGGUAUACAGUAUUAUAACACGAAAUACGAUUUUCUUAGCAUAUAAUGAUACAUUCUUACGCUCGAUAACAUUCUUUGAAUGCAGUUCUAAGUCCAAAUUUUUACUGAUGAUAUCAUGGGAAUAUGUGUACAAUAUGAUGGAUUGCAGGAUGUUGCAAAUAGCCAAUAUUAAAUAUAGGAGACAAUCAAGAACCUACUCCAGUAAAGCAAUAAUAGCAGACUGAUUACUGGGUUUUUGUAGAUGGAUAUUUUAAAUGGAAACUGAACAGUUAACAUGUGUUUCAUAGAACUAACUGAGAGCAUGUUUUGCUUGCUACUCUGAUUUAAAUAAAUUAUUACAAAGCCCGGUUGAAUUGUAAUUAAGACCCAACGUUUAGACACUCCAGUCUAGUGUCUUCAUCAGGGGUGAUCUAAAGUUGCAAUUAUCGCUUCUUAAAUACCUAAAGGAUGACGUCACCUGCCAAUGAGAUGCAUGUAAUAUUAAUAAGGUCGCCUUAAAACCCUAUUUGACUUUAGGCUACAUUUUCGCAAAGCCAAAAGAUCCUGUUAAACAAAUCAGAAAACUCAUGCAGUACAUUCUAUACCAUACCGUCACUGCGAGAAAAAGUAUUUGGGUCAGUCUAAACACCAGUUUGCUACAUGGCUAAAAGAAAAUCAAAGGGUUGUUUCAACUUUAAACAAGGGAAAAUUGGCUUUAACAGAACGUGUGUGUGACACCAAACACGAGAUUGCGUGGGAAAACACUAAAGUAAGUACCACAAACAAUCGCUAUGGUCAAAGACUAUGCCUAGAAGCAUGGAAUAUAAAUAUGAGAAAUUAUGCUGUGAAUAGGGAUGACGGUGCCUAUUCGCCAGAAGAAUACAUGCAACUCAUUGGCCGGUGAUGUCAUCCCUUGCAUAUUUAAGAAGCAACAAUUGCAAAUAUAGAUCACCCCUAAAGAAGAUACUAGACUGGAGUGUCGAAACGUUGGGUCUUGAUUACAAUUCGAUUGGGCUUUAAUUUAAACCAGAGUAGCGAGCGAAACAUGUAUGAUUGAUAUACCUGGUUGCAGUGAACGAACAAAUUUCAAAUAACUGAGAGCAAUUGCAAGUCGGCCAGCAUGAAUAUAGAACCUGCAGCCCUUCAAUUCUACUGCAGCCCUCUGACUUAAAGUGUCUGUUUGCCAAGAGGUUACCACAAGUUGUUGUACAUAUAUAGACCAUGUUGGUGUCAUUGGUAGUAUAUUAAAUAAACUGGGAUGACACCAGUACUAUAUACGGUACAUGAACUCUUGGUGACCUUCAUUGACUCUUGGGGCUUGAUGAACUUUUUGCAAUUAAGGAGCUGAUCCGAAUCACAAGGGUUCCAUUCCCGGCACAAUAGCUAUUACAUAGUUAUUGUUUAAUAUUUCCAUCUACAGAAAGACUUUAACCCAUUGAGUGGCAAGCAUAUAUACCUUGCAUUGGACAUAAAGUAGAGCACAUUGCCUCUUAAAGGGUUAAACAUUUUGUUCAAUCUUGAGUAUUUACAAGUAAAGUACACAACAUGCACUGUCAGUGCUCAAUCAAACAUAUAUAUAUAUAUAUAUAUAUAUAUAUAUAUAUAUAUAUAUAUAUAUAUAUAUAUAUAUAUAUAUAUAUAUAUAUCGUGCAAGUCCAUUAGUUAAAUUUUAGUACAAAACAAGCUGUACUAUACCAUCAGUCGGCAACUCCUAGUCCUUUUCUUAAAUUGCGUGGUUUGGUAAUCCAUAAACAUGCUCCCCAGCAAAAGAAUAACCUUUUCCAAAUAGACCAUGAAGUACUUAGAAUGCCAUUAAUGAUUAUAAAUAUUGCCACUUGUGUAGAUGACUUGCCUUCUCCUGGGAUGCUUCGAUAAUUUUUCAUGCAGCAUCACAGGAUAUAAUGAAUUCAUAUUAAAUACAACCACUAUUAAUUAAGAUAAAAUAUACAAGAUUGAUAUAUAACAGAAGGAAAUUAUUGAUUGAGUGACAAUGAAUUUGUUGUUUUAGGUUGUUCUCUGCUAUACAAAUCAAGCAGAUGUGUAACUUAACACUUGCCCACUUGUCCAGCCGGGGAGAAGUGAAAAUCGUGACGGGCAAGUAAAAUUCAUGACGGGCAAGUAAACAUUUUAUCUUGCUUGCGCGAUUGGGCAAGUUGCCUUGCCACAAAAAUCUGAACAUCUUUAAGUUUAUGUUUUCAUUGUCGGACAAUUUUUUUGUAAGUGCAUGUACUGGAUUUAAGCACUAUCCCUCUGACAGGUAACAUCGUCAGGCGUAAUACAGAGUAAAAUAAUAAAGUAGGGCACAUCUUGGCACAUUGCCACUUACAUGGUAAACAGGGUGCAUCCUAUGGGCAGAUAGUCUGAUUAACCCAUUGAGGGACAGAUUCUCCUCCUGAAGAGUAAAAUUGUCUGAUGUUAGACAGAGUAAAAUAAUAAAGUAGGGCGCAUUGCCACUUAAACGAUUAAAAUAUCUCGGUAAUUGUUUUUGUGAGUUACAUUUCGAAACUGUCUUUAAAAGUAUGAUAUCGGUUAUUGGAAAAUGUGCUUCUAUUAUAUAUAAUAACUCAGUCUGGGUGAUUCGAUUUAGCGAGCCUGCCCAUCUAAAGAGGCUCAUGUAAACAUACAUUCAUCCAGGGAAAGCGAGCUAUAGCCGGGUUACCUGGGCUGGCUUUCCUCCACAUUGAACAUAUAAGCAGCCCCUCACACAUGUUUUAGGGUGACCGAUAGGAGGAUUACCAUAGCAAGCACAUGCCAUACAUUGGGUAAUAUUGGGAGACGGGCUAUUACAAUGCAAUCUAUAUGCUAUUAAUGUGACUUCAAACAAAUCACAUUAUGCACCUAUCAAUGUAAAGCACGGGGGGCAAGGGGCGGACGAGGGCGGGGGUUUGAACAACUUUGCUUGCCCGACGGGGAGGAUUUUGAUGUCGCAAGAUCACCCCGGGUUGUGGGCAUUUGAUGAUGGGAAUUUUGAAUAUUUGUUUCGCAAGCAUGGGAACGAGUCCAUGUCACGGCCUAUAUAGAUCAGCUUAAUUAUAAAGCUUUCAUUUGAGUGAUCAGUACUGAAUAUGUAUCAAUAACUUUGACUGGGCCUGUAUUUUAAUGUUUAAAAUUCAGGAAGAUUAAAAAAUAUAGAUCGGAUGUAUUUCGUGCAUUGAAAAGUUUCCUGUGUGUUUACAAAACAAAAAAUUAGACAUCAGUAAUUUUCUCGAACAGAAAUUCAACCCAGUUUAUACCAUUAACUUUAUUAUUAUUUACAAGGGAUCUUCAGCAAUCUUUUAAUAUUGAACAGUUUACUGCAAAGCCUCGCGUUUUUUGGGGGACUUGGGGUCCCGCACUAGCUCACUGUUUAGACCCCGCGGUGAAACAGGAACAAAAAAAUCGGGAAAAAAAGAAGAGAGUAAGCGCAGGGCCCCAAAAGCGCGGGGCCCGCGGCAUAUGCCGUUUCUGCCAUAUCAGUAUGGUUAAUCCGGCACUGAGAGUUUACUUACAAUUCGAUGCACAUAGUUAUACAUAAUUUAUAAAUUUUUAUUGCUUUUCGUACGUUGGAUGCACUGUUAGUGCCAUCAUUGUGAUUGCAAUGUUUUAAGGAUGGCUUACACUAUCAAAGUUUCUGUGAUUUUAAGUUAAUUGACCUUAAGUUUAUAAUAUGAUCCUACUGUGAUCACAGAAGCUUUGAUAAAACCAUCCUUAACAGCGUAAUAAAUAUUGUUCACAUUUAUUUGUUUUCCAUUCUAGGAUAUAAUCACUACAGCUAUGUAUUAAAGAUUGUUAUAUAGCUAGCGUGGACACCAAACGUGAUUGGCUGAUUUGUGGUCACGUGACUUCAGAUAAAUGCAAUGUUUCCCGCCGGGCAACAAGUGAAAAAUUGUUGCCGCUUCCGACCGGCCACGUACAUAAAUAAACAAAAUGGCGGCACAACUACGAUAAUUAGAAACUAUGAUUUUCCAAGUUUGUGUUCAAAUAAAGAAUGUAAAAGGGAAGAAAAAUACAGAACAGGAAACAGGAUAUGCUGCCGAAACCGUUUAAGUAGGUUCUUUAAUUUUAAACUCGUUUACUCUAUAGAGUUUUUGCCACAAAAACAAUUGUUGUAUAUGAAUGUUGUUGCAGUUGAUUUUUGGUCGUCGCUAUACCGGGUGUAUAAAAAAAACGCAACCUCGGAAUUUCCUAAGAUCUCACUUUGCAAUUCUUAAGCAUAAAAGAUUUUAGGCCCCUGGGAAUUGAAAUCGAAUUGCUAAUAGAUCAUAUUACUGUUGUUGUGCAUUAAAUAAAUGCAUAAAUUUUGAUUUAUGCACUCGCGUGUGCAGUAAUUUUGACAGUUAUGCUAUUUUAAUUUCCAAAGCGCCUAAAAUCUUUUGUCUUUAAAACAAUGUCGAUUUCUUGAGAAAUUCCGAGGUUGCGUUUUUUUUAUACACCCUUUAUAACAAUCACUUAAUGUCUGUUCCCUCGGGAAAUAGUUAGUUUUUCGCCCUCGAAUCUCAAUAUUUCCCUCGACUUCGUCUCGGGAAACAUUGAGACUCUCGGGAAAACAAAACUAACUAUUUCCCUCGGUAGCAGACAUUAAGUGUAUAUUAUUGUUCACAUUCAUUUGUUGAAUCGAUCAGCUCUAAAAUACUCACCAAACGUAGAUAUUAACAAUCUAUGGGCGGUGACGAGCACCAACAAGAACGUACAGUAUGACAUUUACAAAGACACAAAAGACGUACUUAAGGCAGUUAGAAAAGAAAACGAACAAAGACUUCAAAACCACCUCAUUUCGCAAAGGUUCUUUCUUUUCUAGUUUCACGAAUCAUUCCACAUCCACAUUCACAUUCACAUUCAACUCUUUAUGGUCAUCCGUUCAGAGUAAACUUCCGAAAAACAUUUUUAACUUCACCAUCCGAUAUAUCAAUAACACACUUCCAAUACGAAAGAUCCUAUCAAAAUGGGGACUAUCAUCAACAUUCGAUUGCUCUUCAUAUUGUUUCUUGCCUCCUCUCUCUAAAUUUUGUCAUAAAAUAUGCUAAAAAAUUAAUGUUUCUGCUGUGCAGAUUAUUGCAACAGGCAAUUUAAUAGUCUGAGCACUUUGUUGAAAUACAACAUCUUACGCAUGAAUACUAAUACUUUGGGUUGAUCAGUUUGAUCAUGAAACACAUUUCCCCAGCCCCAGGUGGGGAAAUAUUUCCUUUUUUGACCAAUGGUCGUGUCCCUGGGGUGUGGAAAUUGACGAUUUUUUUCAAAAAAAUGUCAAAUCCCCGCCCCUUGCCCCUUCGGGCUAAACAUUGGUCGGUGCAGUAUAUUUAUGUGAUUUGUAAGUAUACAUGUCAACUACAAAUGGCAAAUAUUUCACAGAAAAUAUAAUAUGCACGUAUAUCACAAAUAAGCUAUACGAUUUUCUUAAAACACAAAUAAGUAGAGUGCAGAUUAGAUUUAUACACUUCUGCUAAUAGAAAUUAAUCGAAAAUAUACAACUGAACGUUUAGAUGCCUUCGGUGAAAAAGUAUUUAUCCAAAUACAGGCCUUCGAUUUAAAAAUAUAACUAUACAGUAUAUCAAGUAACUAUCCGCAUACAAAUGAGUAAAUACACAAUAGACAUACCUUUGAAACAAAUUCCAUGUAUUUUAUUAGGUCUUUGGAACUUUAUAAGUAGAAAAUGUGAAUAAAAGUCCUUUCUCUUUGAAUGUUUGCUCCCAAAAGAUCGAACUUAGCCCUUGCUGAAAAGUGUACAGCAACCACGCUACUACAAAACAGACACGUAGUUCCAAGAUUAAUUUACCUUCGCUCCAUUUUCAUCCACAAGUCAUCAAAUUUAAAUGUGUGAAUAAAUAUAAAUCAUAAAUUUUAACUCCUCUUUACCGCCAUAUUGGAUUGUCUCGCGACCAAGCCGUGAUUUGUAACUGAAAAGUGAACAGUGAACAGCUAACACGUCGAUAGCAAAUAAUCUACUUCGUAGAUUCAAUAACUGUGCAUGUUGCCCGACGGCAAAUUAAAUACAUUGAUAACUCAACUUACUUUGACGGAAAUCGGCAUACUGUAUAUCAACACCUAACUGGCACCAUAAACCUAAUUAAAAUAAUUGUCGGAUUAUGAUAUUAAGUGAUCAUGUUAUAGGAAAUAGUUUAUAUUCCCUUGUAACUCAGGAGUAGAAUUUUCUCUCAGAAUAUAAUUCUCUUACUGGUGCUUGAAUACAACUUUAAUUUUUCAUAUGGAGUUUAAAACCAGGAAAAUAGAUUUUGAUACCAAAUGAACAGCGACUAAAUGAACAAAAUCAAAGCUUUUGCAAUAAACAGUUAUUAGGCUAUUAAUAAAACUUUCCUAGGUUAAGGCAGCAAAACUGAAAAGUUUAUUCGUGCAUACUGAUGUUAUAAAGUAUAAUGUAAACUGCACGAAACCUUUGCUUCGAAUCCAAUAAUAAUAUGUUAUUUUACAUCAAAAGCUAUAUUAAUACUUGAAAGUACUUAUAGUCUUAUUGCAUGGAUGUGAUAAUUUCGUAUUUCAUAAGGUAUUUAAUUAUCCCACACGUCUUUGCAUGUAACAAUGAUCUUAGUCGUAUAUUUCCUAUUGUACCCCACAUGCAUAUUAUUAUACUUUAUACAAUUGGUAUUUCAAUGAUUCGCAUGCAUGCAGGCACCUUCUAUAAAAACAUAAUUUGAGAUGCUGAUCGGUUCUCCUAAAUAUAUAAUAUUAUGUAUCUACCUAAUUUAGAAAAAUAAAAUAUUUUCGAAAAAGUUAAAGCAUUUUUAAAGCCUUAAAUAAAUAUAUUACUGCAAUCAUUACAAAUUUUAAAUGAUUACAGUCGAACCUAUAUACAGAAUCAUUGCAUCAGGAUAGUCGGCGUCUCAACGAAUAGUUGCGAUUUCCGAAUAGUGUUGUGUAUAAAUUCAGAAUUGUAACGGAAAGUGCCUCGUACGGCCAUGGUUUUUGAGUACGAUUUGCGCCGUUUCCGUUUCGAUAAACCAUUAUAAUGUGAUACUAUAUAGUAUAUCAUACAUGCAUCAGUGCCACUCCAUUUUACUCAACUCAACUAUAAUUAAAAUGAGAAAGCCGCAGAAGUGCUGACGUCUCUUCAGUCAUUGGAAAAUACUCCAGCUGCGUGAAAUUCAACUCUCUCAAAAGCAUAAUUAAAUUAACAUGUAUAAUAUUAUCAAGUUAUUCUUAUGCAAGUUGACAUCAAUGUCAAGUGAAAUAUUAGCUUGCAAAUUUCAAAUUGCGCCAAUAGAUAGAGUGUAUACCUGCGUGCGACUGUAAGUUCGAUAGUUGAAAAGACGAAGAUACGUUACUUGGGAAGACGAAGAUACAUUAUGUAUUCUUUUACUAAAACGGACGACAUCAGAAGUGAGAAGACGUCGUAAGGUUAGCGUAGUCCUGGUGGUCAACUACUUAUGCCGAUUCAAUAAUCAUUAUUUAUUUUUGAUUUCUUUAAAUAAAAUAAAAUAGAAGACCACCAGGAAAGGUUGUGUAUAUUAAGGUGUUCCAAGCUAUUUUUGCAUUUCCCAAAAUAAAUAGGGGAAAACAGCCAGUCCAGUGUGGAAUGUCUGUAUCGCACGGCGGAGAUAUCGACCGCGCAAUUUUAACACUUUCUAUAUUUACAAUACUAUUAAAUUUUCAAAAUCUCAUGCGCGGAAUUUCCAAACGUUCCAGUCAGGAACAGCCUUAUAUAUAUAGUUGUUUAUGCUAUAAAGACGUUUUAAAUAGCGAUGUUGUGAUUGCGCAAAACAUAGCUAAUAGGGAAUUGGUCGAUAAAGUCUUCUUGAUUAGGCUGAUAUAAAAAGAUUUUGCUACUAUAUAAACUACCACACGAUAUUUGGAAGAAAGUAGGUGAAUAAAAUAUAUAUUAUAUAUAACAUGUAAAUUAAGGUAUCGGCUUACUUAUAAAAUGAACUUUAACGAAGUCAAAUACUUCGUGCUUAUAAUCAUAGGAUAUGUGAGCGUGUUUUUGUUGGUGCAUGUAUGUAGCCGACUACAUGAAUGAUAAGUGAGUUUAAUAGCGUGAUAUAAUGACUUUAAAUUCACAGGAUUUUGUGCAUUUCAAGGAAGUACAUGUUUAUGGAGUACAUUUUAAGGAGAGCAUCAAAUGUUUCAGUAUACCAAUAUAUCGUCAUUAUUCUGCUUUCUGUACUCUGCAAUAUACCUUAAUUGUUGCGUGCAUGCUGUGUUUAUUUGCUGUUCAAACUGUUUAUAGUUGGUUUAUAUACCUUUACAUCUUGACCUUUUACUUUAACAGAUAUAGGCCUAUCGCUAUUAAAUCCGUUGUGACUGCAUCUUUCCCUAAUAUUCCGGAGCUAACUAAUAUAUUAAUUAUGGAAAAUAUUAGUAACAAUAAUUUAACUCAGCAUGCACUGAGCAUUUUAGAUCUCAGUGCCGUGUUUCACAGGCAUUAAUAUAGAGAAAAUUACCAAUACGCUAUAAUGGACACCUGAUUUUUGAUACUGAGCCAUUUACUAUAAUUGAGACAAUAUAGCACUCGCGACAGGUACCAUCAACACAGAUAAUGGUUCUAGUUCUUGUUCCGUAUAGCUGCAGGUACUAUACGUUUAGUUUUAGGCCUUAUAAAUAUAACUGAUUGCGUAUAUAGUCGCGUUUACAGUAGAGACCUUACUUAAGUCACGGGCUUAAGUCUCAUGUAUUUCAGCUGUGUCGUGUUAUGCAAAAACACCGCCGCGUAUCUCCGGCUUUAGCGUCUCUUAAUUUGUUGGUACGGAAAUCGAUAAAACUUGAAACGUUUAUAAACACUAAAGUGAUCUAUUUUGUUUGUGCUUAUACGCAUGCUUUUGGAUAAAUGUGUGUUGGUUAAUUCUGGAUCAGUGUAUAGCCUACUUGCCCGUUUUUGUAUAUUAUUGUUCACUGCUUUAUACCAUUCUGUGCAGAUCCGUUGAAACGGUUACCGAAUAUCGUUUGAACGGUUUCUUAAUUUCGUUCGAACGGUUUGUUAAAGCCGUUCGUAGAGCCGUUUAAUUUUUUGUCUUUACCCGUUCGCAUUUUUUACUCAAAACGUCUAAAACGUUUUUAUGAUCGGUUGAAACGAUUUGACAAAACGUUUACUAUCAGUUCGUUAACCGUUUUUUUGCCCGUUUUAAUGCAAAAUCGUUAACGUACGUUUUCCCAAGGAGGGUCACAUUAUUAUUUAUAUAUAGUUUAUGUUUAUUUUACGCUCCAAUAUACAGUCACAUACGCUUCAAUCGCCACUCAAGUACGCGUGAUUGUAUUGUGAAAGCACUACGCUUACUGUAGUUUAACGUAUAACAUUAUAAAAUGGUUAUACUAAAUGUAACGCUUAGGUUCAAUGAAACUCGUUUUCGGAUUCAACUUUUUAUUCUUUGCUUCUCCUAUCAGUGACACUGAUCUGUAUUCUCACGACAAACUACGAGUAUGAUGCAAAUAUUAGUUCGUUUUUCCGAUUAUGUUACGACGACUGCGUCCAAGCGGACGCAGUUUUUAACUAGAGGCUGGACGUGGGCGCUUUGGAGGCAGGACGCGGGCAAAGCAGACGCAAGACGCGGGCGUCAUUAUGUUACGACGACUGCGUCCAAGCGGACGCAGUUUUUAACUAGAGGCUGGACGUGGGCGCUUUGGAGGCAGGACGCGGGCAAAGCAGACGCAAGACGCGGGCGUCAUGGAGGCCGGACGAGGGCGCUCUGGAGGCAGGACGCGGGCAGACGCGGGGACAAGUUAUUUCUUGGCAGUACUGUAAACUUUGACUGAAGUUUUCCUUGUCUGUUCAAAUCACAGAGCCAUCGUAACGGUCAUAUAUGAUGUGAGAUUCAGUGGCUUCUUGGAUCGAUCGCCUCUUUGCAAAUUGCACUUCUGUUGAACUCGUUAAUAUUCAGCUUCCAUAUCAUCGAGAAUGUCUUGGAUGUCGCCGUCGCUUACUGAAGAUCGAUGAAGAACCCCUUUCCGUUUUGCUGCUGCCAUUCUUGUGCUGACAAACGCUCGGACGCUGGAAACAUGCGUUUAUCAUCUUCGUUUCUUGCACACCUCACGUCUACUGAAACCUGAAGAGGAUUGAUUUAUUGCCAGUUGUCUCAACAACUUGAAACUUCUCGCUCAAAUACUGCUUGACUUUAAUGGGAAACCUUUUGGAUUUCUUCUUUAAAGCCCAUCCCUGAGGUAAAUUCUUCCCUUCGAUAAGUUGAACUGCGGAAAGUUGAACUCCAAUGCUAGCAUGAUCUACUGGAACAGUUCUUGUAAAAAAACCCGCUCACUUUCGCUUCACAAUAUCCUCAACAGGCUCAUUUUUUGGUUGGAAUGUAUGCUUUUCUGCCGCGAUGUGUCUUUGUAGUCUUCCCCAAGUAACAUAUUGUUUUACACACCAUGGUUCAAGACAAUGAAACAUUGCUAACUCAUCCAUUGUACUAUCUCCGAUUCCUUCAUUGUCCUCUAUAUCAUGAACAUUGUGUGUUUGGGCCUUUUUAGAUGCAGCAGCAAAUACGUACGCCUGGUCUUUAUCACCUCCUUCAACAACUGAGAGUUCUUGAGGAAAGCAUUGACCAGCCUCGUACCCAUGGCCUUUGCGCGGUUCGGAGGUUCCGGUGCGGGAAGCAAAGGCCCUGCUAUACACUGGUCAUGUGACUCCAAAAAUAUUGGACAUUUCGUAAUAAUUUAGUUUUCAAUCCGGGGGGAGCGGAGCCGAUUGAUUUUAUCAAACAUGGCAGCGCGAAGGCGCGACGUUUUCGAGUUUUUAUAUUAUUAUGAUAAAUAAAACAUUCCUAGUGAGAUUUAAGAAUGGGUAUAUAUUAUCCAUGCAUUCUACGAGCUUUCUCUCAACAAAUUGUGGAAUAGCUAACGGUAAUACUUAUCAAAGACCGAAGGACGAAGGUCAAACUGAGAGAAAACUAGUCGAGUGAUCUUUUUUUAUUAAACUGUCUAUUUUGUAUCCAAUGCAGAUGCUUGUGUGCGACGUUUUAUAAAUAAUUAAAUAAACAUUGUUGAUUAUAAGUAAUUUUUUAUGUAUUGACCAAAGAAUAUCACUUGGGAUUUUAUUGCACUUUUAUGGAAGGAUAAAUCAAAGGGGACAUCUAUGGAAACGAAAUUCUUCAUGUGUAUUAAACAUGUAGUUAUCAAAGCAGAAUAUUUUGAAGCAAUUAACUGGUCGAGUGCCAGGUUGGUUUCCGUAUGUAUGUAGUUUAAAAUACAGUUGUGAAUGAAAUUAUACACAGUAUCUUGAAGCCUUUGUGUGUGUGACUGUGUGAGUUAAUUUCAUUUUUUUUUUUUUUUUAAUUGGUCAGCAAAAGACGUUUAUAUCACAUCAAACAAUUGUUCAAAUCGAUCGCAAUCACUGCAUGACGCAUCACCUUUGAGAAUAUUCGUUAUUGUCCGGAUCACUCAUUGCAUAAACAUCGCAAUGAUCUGCACAUUCUGAUUCGCUGGAAAUGUAAAGUCGGUAAGUCGAUUUCAAAUAUCGUUUGAGGUUUGUAAGACCAUCGAUAACAUUUCUUACUCAUUCCAGUGAUCUUCCUCUUUCACCAAGCCAUCUGCACUUGUAUUGUCGAGACGUUGCAAGGCUUGCUUUUGCUUUGCUGGGCAAAAACUCAAAAUUCUGUAGAGCUCCCUUGAGCUGAGGCCCCCCAAAACUAGUUUCUUUACAAUAUGCCGUGUAUUGCUUGAGUAUUCUUGAUGUGAUUAUAUUCCUUACCACGUUCUAUUUUUUCACCUGAGGACAAUUUCAGAUUCCUCGUCCCGUAGGCCACCUCUUGAACAAAGGUUGGCUCGGAGAUAAAUCCUAUAAGAUGGUCGAUUUUGGGCAGAGUGACCCCAGUACGAUAUCUCGUGAUUGUGGGUAAGGGUUGUCCUCUCCCAUGUGUUGGCAGUUGUUUUUUGGCUUGAUAGAGUUUGUAAUCAGUUACUUCGGGAAGAAGUUUUUUGAUGUCAUUAUAUGGCAUAAGAUCAACAAUAAUUGAAAGAAUUUGUAUUCUUGUUACCUUCGUUUCCGAUGCACCAUACGAUGCAAUUAGGGCUUUUAAAUAAUAGUUUCUUGCAUUGGAGAUCUCUCUAGUGCGUUUCUCUACCUGUCCUUUCAUAAAAUCAUACCAAACAUCAUCUUCCUUGCCAGGGGCAAUGGUCCUAAUAACUGCCUAUACACCUUGAUUAAUCUUAUGUAAAUGUUCCCGUUUAGUUUUAUCUCACACAGAUGACCAUGGGUCUCUAAGGCAAUAACGAACUGGACUAAAGUCUCGUACUCUUAAAAGGUUAUUCUGUUCUUCUAACGUCUUCUUGUCUGAAGUCUUGUUCGAACGAGCUGGUAAGAAUAGCUGUGGUUGGUAUCCAGGAGUAUCCGGUUCUACAUAUGGUGAAGGGCUUUGGUGGACCGGUGAGACAUCAACGGUUGUAUACACAUUUGCAUGUGUACCAGUGCGUUUUUUUUUCACGGGUGCAUUCUGUUGUUGAUUCUUCAACACAUGGAAGUUUUUCCUUUAUGUUCGAGAUCUUUCCUCUACAACUGCGGCAUAUCCCUUGGUAAAAAUUGUUGGAAAUAUUAGCACGUCAUGAAAAUACAUGUGUGUAUUGAACAAGAAAGUUCAUACACACGUAAAAAACGCACAAGUUGUUCCAGGUCUGCAAAAAAGUUAUUACAAAUCUGUCAACAUGUUGUGUUUGAACUGCUUAAUUUUCUCAGUUGUUGUAACAGGUUUGGAACAAGCUGUUAACAACUUGUAACAAGCUUGAUGGCAUUAUCGACUUGUAGCAAAGUUGUUCUAACAACUAACAAGACUGAUACAGUCAGGAUGUAACAAGAUGUUACAAGGUUGCUGACACAAGGUUGUAAAAAUAUUGUUCUAUCAUGAUUGUAUCGGACAUGUUGGAACAAUAUUGCAACAAGUCUGAUAACGUUAACAAAGUUGUUACAAAUUGUUAACAGCUUGUUCCAAACUUGUUGUUUGUUCCAAACUUUGUUGACAACUUGGGACAAGCAGUGCCAAGACAACUUGUUUGCAGACUUGGUACAAGAUGUGAGACUUUUGCGUGUGUAGACCGCGUCUCUUCCUCUUACACUCUGUUCGGGUCCAGUCCCCCGUAUCUUACCUAACCCCGCUGGAACAAUAUUUCCAUAUUUUCUUUAAUCCACUUUGACCGUUUUGUGUCUUCUACGAUAUUUUGCAUUUACAUAGAACAUAUCAUUUCUAACAAUCUGAUGUGUUUUGCUUUUGAAAUUGUUACAUUUUUGGCGGGAAAUUAAUGUGACGAAAUUGACGCCAAAAAAUAUAUAUAUAAUAGAUAUAGGUUCCCUUCCGAACUGUUUGAACCUCAAAUGUGAAGUCCAUUUUGUAAUGGCCCAAUUCAUUGCGAAGAUAUAGCUAGUUGAAUUCCGAAGCCCCAAGGUUACACAGGCUUUAAAUUGCGGUGUCUGUCCGCUUUAUAAUUUUCCUGUGAGUCUGUACGUUUGUGCGGAAUUACAUGCAAGCAUAUUUAGUUAUUUACAUCUUGUAAUCUUUCCUAGAAGGGUAAUAGUUAUUUUUAUCGCUGCAUAUUUAAUUGUUUACAUUUUGUAUCGAACAUUCAUGUACUCUGUAUACGACUUACAUUUUAUUACACAUACUUUGAAAUAACUUUUGUUACGUUUUUUAUAUUACGUUGCGAAUCAAAAUCUACAGUACGACAAGCAAAAAAACACUAUCGAUCGGUGUAAAGCAGUAAAAGUGUAGUGUGAACAAAAAUAUGCUGCAGACACGUAGAUUGAAAUUCCGGUUUAGAACGAAACUCUUGUCAAUGUGUAACUAUUUAUUCUUUCACUUUAGUGUCGACGGUUUUGACUUUGUUUUGUCCCCAGAAGAGACGAGUAGUUUCCGUAGGCGUAAUGAGCUGCCCCCAUUGUCGGCAAAAUACAAACUUAAUUUAAAUCUGAUGGUAGAGCAGAAACAUUUCUUCCAUCAAUAUUUUUGUCGUUGGAAGUUACAUAACAUUUUGAAAACACUUAGUUUAAUAUUGCUAUGUAAUUUAAAUUAAAAUUUUGAGAUGAAGCUAAGGAAACAUGAAAAAUACAAUCGACUUACCUUUAUGCUUCAAGAACUACGUAAGAAACCAAUGUAACAAAAUCUAAACUAUAAUGCACAAGUCUUGGUGCGUGCGUUUGUUCCCAACUUUGUUGAGAAAGUCACUUCCGGGUUAAUAACAGCGUAGUUAAUCAAUUAUUAUUUCUGAGCCAACGGCGCCGAGCGCCGUUCCGGGCGUAAGCCCGACGCGAGUGUACUAAUUCCGCCCGGCUAUUUACACCCGGGGAAAGGAACGCUCUAGCGAAGUUUAAAGUUCAUCAAAUAUCGCGGGCGCAUGUUGUAUGGGUGGUCAUCUCACUGAUCUCAAAUUAUGGCUGUUUGCCGGGAGUAAAGAAGGGGAAAAUGUAAAAAAUACAUGUAAGACGUCGAUAAGAAUUGUUUGAGUAUGAGAAAUUCUAAAGUAUAGGGAAAUUAAAGUUUGUUUCAGUUGUUUAUGUAUGACUUUUUAUUAUUAUAAACUUUGUUCUUGUUGUUUAAAUCUUUCCGUACAUGCCUUGUAUGCGAAAGUUUCUUAGUUAAUUAACGUUUAUAGAAGUUCAUGAUAAAAAGGAAAGCAAAUUAUUUCAUUAGCGUCCUGUAAGAAUUAAAAUUAUUUCCUUUCAGAGUGCGAGUGAUAUAUAAUGUUCAAGAUCAAGUUGAAGAGUUUAAUAUCGGCAAUAAGCAGUUGAUUUCUAUUCACAUUUAAAAACGUUUUACGUAGAGUUUCGUUUUGAAUUUUAAAUUAAAAAAAGCCCAUGGAAAACAACACAAUAUACCUACUUCAUAUAUUGUAGAAAUUGAUAGUUCUGUAUUUAAAAGUGUUCAAGUUUCAUCUAUAAUUUGUUUGCAGGUUUGUACAAAAAAAUAAAAAACAAUUAUCGUGUUGCCAUGACUAACAUGGCGUGAGCAACCCGGGCCUGCGUUCAGUGUUGACGUAAUCACGAAUACUUCAUGUUGAAACAAUGUUUGGAGAAUAUAUAGGUGACGAGUUGUUGCACGCAUGUAUUUCUAGUUUUAUGUUGUAAACAAUCUUGGAAGAAGUAUUUCUUUCGUACUAGACCACGACAUAAUUCGUCGCACUCUUGAAACGAUGACGCUUACUGUCCUGCAUUGUGACCUUUUUCAGCUCAGUUUCCGUUCGACGACAACGUUUUCAUUUUAACUGAUAAUUUGUAUAGUAUUUGCAUAUCUACAUGAAUGUGUUUUUCAUAGUGUAAAUUUGAUUUAAAAAUUCACGACUGAUAUUUAAGAAGUGAAGCGAGUGUUCUCAGUGACGACUGCAGUUAAUACGAAUCCAAGCACUCACUUACGCUAAUUUUGUACUUGUUUAGGAUCAAAUUUCGCCAAGACACAAAAGAAUCCCAAACAUCUGAAAUCGUCGUCGAAUGACUACAUCCUAGCUCUAACAAAUUAUGCAUAUGUACAUUUAUAACGAAAUAUGACCAUAUUUAAAUUGGCGAUUCACACGACGUAGUUUGGCCAGUUUGGAAAACCCGUAAAUUUCGACCAUCUUUGAUCGAAAAUAACCAAGUCAUUGACAUUUCGAUUUAAGGAGAAAAGAUAUCAGGAAAAAGUUUCAUAUGUUCUAAAAACAUAUUGUAACAGCAGACCAAAACUGAUAAUGCGCGUUCAGCACAGCGCAUGAUUUUUUAAUACAGCUUUGUGUAGCGAAAUUUCUUGGACAUUUCGCGUCAUUUUUGGUUCGAUUUUUGAAGUACUCUAACUUUUCUUCAUUUUUUGUUUCAUGGCUGGGACUUCAGAAAAUGUGUGGGGUUGGAUAUGUCUGCACUGUAUAUGAAAUCGAGGGAAAUUGAAGAACUUUCAGUUUUUCAUAUCUGACACACAUUUUGUGUUUCUUACGGUCAAGCUCUCUUAACACUUAAAUAUAGCCCAUAUAUAUAUAUUUUCAUAUCUGACACACAUUUUGUGUUUCUUACGGUCAAGCUCUCUUAACACUUAAAUAUAGCCUAUAUAUAUAUAUAUAUAUAUAUAUAUAUAUAUAUAUAUAUAUAUAUAUAUAUAUAUAUAUAUAUAUAUAUAUAUAUAUAUAUAUAUGAUCGCGAAAAAAUUAAUGAUACAUCCUCAUCUUUCCCACGAAGUCAUGUUUACGACAAACAAAUUAUGCCGCAAACAAUAACGGCAUUAGUGAAAAGUCACGUGGCUGCAUGCCAGCAGCAAAAUAAAUUGAGGUGUAGUGAAAAAUGCACAAUAAUAACAAUUCUUAUCUCCUUACAGGUCUUACCAAUGGUCGUAUUAUUCAUUGUUGCAUUUGCAAUGGCGUUCUUCGUGCUGAUGUCUCAUGAUCCAGGCUUCACCAAUAUCCACAAUUCACUGCUAACAACUUUUGUUAUGAUGACUGGUGAGGUUGAUUUCCGAGACACUUUCUUACCGAACAACGCGAUUGCUGGUUUUCAUUUCCUACAAAGAUUGCUGCUUGUCGUGUUCCUUAUCUUGGUUACCAUCGGCAUAACAAACUUAUUGACUGGUUUGGCUGUUGGCGACACUGCUGAGAUUAUGAAACAAUCAAGAGAAGAAAAUCUGCUGGACAAG